CUGCCCUGGAGGGUGGUAGGUGGCCCAGACUGGGGCUCAGGGGCUGGACCCCAGGGUCCCUCGAGGCGUCAGAGUGAAGGGCCCCAGGCCGUGACCUGAGGGCUUUGGUCACAGGCUCUGGGCCCAGCUUGUACGUCCUGCCAUCCACCGUGGGCUUCCUCAACCAUGACUGCACCAGGGCGGUCAGCCCGGCCUAUUCCCUCUUCUGGAGGCCUGGCCCUGGCCACCCAGGCCCCCCCAGCGCUGUUGCUGUCGUGCUCCGGCAGCGCCGGACCCUUCACGUCAGUGCCCACACGGUCCGUCUCCCUGUUUUCUGGAGCUGCUCUGACGCCCCCCGCGGGCCCAGCCUCCCCACAGGACGCCAGCCCUGGGCCCAUCUACUUCCUGGACCCAAAAGUCACCCGGUUUGGCCGAAGCUGCACCCCUGCCUACUCCAUGCAGGGCCGGGGCAAGUCUCGGGGUCUGGAGGUGACACCAGGCCCUGGGGCCUACAGCCCAGAGAAGGUGGCCCCUGUGCGCCAGCGGACGCCCCCGGCCUUCACUCUGGGAUCCCGCCUGCGCCCGCAGCUCCAGGACACCUCCGCGCCGGCCCCCAACACCUACACGCUGCCCUCCCUCUGGGGCUCCCAGAUACUCACCAAGCCCAGCAGCCCCAGCUACACGGCGGCCGGCCGCACGCCCCCCGCCCGCCCCCCUCAGGACCCUGCUGAGAUACCAGGCCCGGGCCAGUACGAAAGCCCAGACCCCAACACCUACCGUCAGCGGCGGCCCGCCUUCACCAUACUGGGCCGGCCCCGUGCCCCCCGCCCCCCAGAGGAGACUCCUGGACCGGGCACCCACAGACCUGAGCAGGUCACCGUGACCAAAGCCAGGGCCCCGGCCUUCACCAUGGGCAUCCGCCACUCCACACGGGCUGCCACCAUGCCUGUGGACACCGCACCCUAACACCUUUGGGUCCCAGCUGCCCCUGGACCGAGCCUCAGUUUACCUAUGUUGCCAAGUGGGGUGCGGGCAGGCCCCUCCGGGGCCUGGUUUUGGCCGGUGGGGGGCUUGGAGAAGUGGGGGACAGGCGUCUCUUUCCUUCCUUUUUUCUGAACUCUGAGGUCCUUCUAGGCCACCUGCUUCCUUUGGUCCCUGGAGGAUGUGACCCCACGGCCCCGUGCAGGGUGCCCUGCCUUCCAGCGCCCCAGUUUCUUCCUCCUGGUCACACCAGGCCAAGUCGGGCCAGGCAGAGAAAGGGACAACUCCGGCCCUCCCAGUGGCUGGCCCGAGAUGCGCUUCCUGUGUCCUAGAACUCGGCGUCCGCCCUGCUAGGGCCUGGGUCCCCAGCACGACUCGGAUUUCUGCUCAACUUGGGCUCUUCCCUGCAUCUCACGGGAGCACAGCUGCCUGCCUGGUCCCGGCCCCAAAUCCCCAAAUUGGGCUGGAAGCAGCCUCUUUCCCUCGCACUAGCUGCUUGCCGAUGAAUAAACCUCCUCUGUGGCGCAAGAGC